AUGCUGACAGCGUCGGUUCUGCAGAGUGCCGAAAAUUCUCAGCAGAUGAAAGAGACUCUUGAAGCCUUGACCAGACGUACGUUGAAUGAGAGUGGAUCGACUCAGUCUGGUAUGUGGUCUCGUGUGAUCAGCAAGCCAGAUGUCUUCAAGCCAAAGGACAGGGAGGAAGAGCUCUCCCAGUUUUCAGAGUGGUCGUGGCAAUUCAAACAGUAUGUGCGCAUGAUCUGCCCAGGGAUGCAUAAGUUGCUUGAGAGCGUGGAGUCUGAUCUUGAUGACAGUAACGUGCACUCGGAGAUGUCUGCAGAAACAGUGGAUUUGUCAAAGCAGCUGUACGCCUUGCUUGCUAGUUUGUUGAGAGAGCGUCCUGUGCAAAUCUUGAAGGCCAUCCCAGAUGGCAAUGGAUGCGAAGUGUGGCGGACCUUGGUUCGCACCCUGGCGCCUAGCAACAAAGCUCGGUCGUUGGCGCUGCUUGGAGCAAUUUCUCAGUUUCCAGCCAUGACAAAUUCCAACUACCAUGAGCAGAUUUUGAAGCUGGAAGAGUUGUGCCGUAAGUACAGCCAGUCGUCCGGCAAAGAAGUGGAUGUGGAGUUGAAAGCAGCUAUUCUUUUGAGAUCGCUGCCGGCGACUUUGCGUACACAUGUGAGCGUGAACUGCAGUGAGAGUGCUACGUAUGAAGAGCUUCGAGAAGUAAUCCUUCGUUAUGAGCGAGCAACCCAGAAGUGGACCACCCAGUUGGUUUCAGGUACGACCCUACCUCCUGCUGGUGAUGGUGCUGUGCCUAUGGAUGUUGACAUGGUGAAAGGAAAGGUUGGUAAAGACAAAGGCAAAGGUGGGUGGAAGCACUACAACAUCAACCCCAAAGGCAAGGACAACAAAGGCAAAGGAAAAGACUACUCCCAGUACAACCAGAAGGGCAAGCAUGGGAAAGGCAAAGGUGGUUACAAAGGAAAGGACCAUAAAGGGAAAGGCAAAGGCUAUAACCACGACAACUCGAAGGGCAAGAGCAAAGGCAAGACCAACGUUCCCUACAACAAUUGCAAGAUUUGUGGUAAGCCAGGUCAUUGGAGCAAUGAGUGUUGGAUGAAGAAAGUGAACCAAGUGAACAACAAUCCUGGAACCCCAAAUGUGCCUCAACCACCUGCGGCUCCUGGAGGAUCAACGAGUACCACUGCGACUACAGCCACGGUGAAGCGCGUCUUCAACUUGGCAGACGACAUAGACGCAGUUCAGUUUCCGGUUGCAGGGGAUUUGGUUGGUGGCUUUGAAGAAUCGUGGGAUGAUGAAGAGUGGUCUGAGUGGUGGUGCUAUCAUGUCACCGCUUCGGAGUGCGAGUACUAUGACAUGAGCACGGAAGACAGCUCUGAAGAAAACUGGACGUACGAUGACACAGCAGUUUCCGUGUUCGACAUGACCAUGUCUGAUGCCCUUCCAGGUGAUGAAGAUUGGGUCCAAUGCGAUUGGGCCAAGACCUACGUGCAGAUGGUACAACAGGGACCAUCUGAAGGCUGGACCAGUGAAGGGAUCAAGGUUGAAGUGGUUCUUGAUUCAGGCGCUGAUGUUAGUGUGAUGCCAGAGCAGUGGUUGCAGAUGGAUGUGGGGCAGAAUGCACCGGGUGAGCGCGUUCUCAUGAGGGAUGCACAAGGUCGUGAGAUGCCGAAUCUCGGCACUCGUAAUGUGUCGUUAGAUCUUGGCCAAGCAGUCCUUCAUGAGCGCUUUCAUGCAUCAUCAGUGGCUACCCCUUUGCUGAGCCUGGGUCGACUGUUGAGGAAAGGAUGGAGUUUGAACCAUCGCAACAAUAUGUUGUGCUUGUGCUUCGAGGAUGUGGCAGUACCUGUGAGUUUUCGGAGAAAUUCAUUGGUGGUGGAAGCUACAGUGCACAAUGUGGAAGCAAGUGACAUGAGCCCAAUCAUUGAAGAAGUUGUCGAAGAACCCAGCUCUCCACUAGAAGUACGGCCAUUGCUAGAAGGGCGACGCCACUAUGCUGCGUUUGAUUUCAACCCUGAUGCUCUCUCCACAUCUGAGGCUGGUGAGCUCGAUCCACGUGGUCGACGGUGGCUAUUUCUGCCAACGGGAGACCCGGUUUGCCUCUCUGUGGGUUUGAACUUUGUUGACCCUAGUGCUAUGAUGAACACUGCGCUUUGGAAGUUUCGGACUACAGUCGUGAAGAUUGCCGAGCGUUGGGAGGUUUUGGAGUUACACCAGGAUUUGACCUCAAUGCCGACCAUGAGUGGUGCUCUGUCAGCGCUGGAUGAUUCUCUUCCUGGAGUGAUGUAUGAGAGCCUGACCAUGACGGUGAUGCACCGAACAAUCGUGGAGCCCGAGAAGUUUGGGUUUCAUGUGAAGCCCGAGGCACCAAACCCGUUGCUGGAUGAACCUCUGCCUCAGGUACCUCCGGAACCAAUACGAGCUGAUGAAGGGAUGCCGGAUGGUGCCAACGACUCCAAUGCGGAGGAUGAGCAGCCUGGCGCGCAACCUGUGUUGCCUGGGAUUCAGCUGGAGAAGCCUAUUCCAGAUGAGAUUGACGUUGAAGGCAAGAGGUUGACUGCGGAGUCCCCAGCGGCUGAGUUGAAGUUGGCGUGCCGUGCGUUGGGUAUAGGUGCUACGGGGUCCAAGAAUGUCCUGUACAAGCGGUUGGUGAAACACGUGUGGCGUAGGAAGAUGGAAGAUGACUUAGCUCUGUUUGAAGCUGCGAAACUACCAGAACGCAAUCCUCGCUCGUCUCCAGAAGAAGGGAUGCUCAUCGAGGUGAUGAGGCUCACCGCUCUACUGGCGGUUGGCCAGUCCUGUGCAUGGACUGGCAUGGACCUCAUGUAUGCCUCUCUGGAAGGUUCAGUGUGCGAGUUCAUGAAGCAAGCCCCAACGAGCAAAGAGAAGAAGUUGACUGUGUUGGUGUGCGUAGAUCGGGAUACUGGGAUGAUUCAUUCAGUGCCUCUUCCUGGAAAGGAUACUACGGCUUUACAACAUGCUGCCCAAGAAGUUCUUGGGUUUCUGUCCUACCUUGGUAGGACUGAAGUGGAGAUCAGGGGCGACAAUGAACCACCGAUGGUAGCCCUGUGCGAUAAGGUCGUGGAAGCUCGAAACAAAGCAGGUUUGUCAACCCGCAAGACUCCUUCUCAACCCUAUGAACACCAGACCAAUGGAGCAGCUGAGCAAGCAGUCUUGAGCAUGCGGGACAUUGGCAGCACUCUCCUACAGCAGGUUAAGCAGAAUGGAUUUGCCCCCAGUUUGAACCCCGAGUUGAUCCCGGGGGCCUAUGUGCACGCAUCGACUUUGCAUAACUGCUUUUCAGUGUCUGCGGGAACCACACCUUAUGAGCGCGCCUUUCAGGUGAAGUACAAUGGACGGCUGGCGAUGUGGGGCGAGACGAUGCUGUUUGCUAUUUCCGAGCCCCAUCGACGUAAAGGCCGGCCGAAGUUUGCGAAGGGCGUGUUCUUGGGUAAAACCAUGUUGAAUGACCUCAACAUUUGUGGCACAGCGUUGGGAGUGUAUUUGUCGUCAACAGUCAAGCGUCUUCGAGAAGCACAACAAUGGGACAAAGUGUUACUCAAAGAAGUUCAAGGUAAGCCUUGGAGGUACGGUUUGUCAUCUAUGGGUAUGAAGAUAGUACCUGGAUUACGUGAACGCAAGCCGCGUCCAGAGCCCAUGGCCGAACUACCUGUGCCUCUGCAUCCGUUACCUCCUCCUGGUGGAUCAAGCCCAAGAGAGGAAGCUGCGUCUGACCCCACGUCAGAACCUGCGUCGCCUGACGCAGAGUCGGCUUCAGAGUCUAGCAGUGAACACCCAGGAGGGGAUGCCAGAGGAGCCAAGCGAGAUCGUGAGCCAGGAGGGGAUGACGAUGAUUCGUCUCCUCAAAGCUUCCCUUCAGAUCUGUUGAGUCCAGCUGCUGAGCCAGCUCCGAUGGUUGUUGAAGAACGUGGGGAAAAGCGAGAUGUCCCAGAGUCGUCUGGGAGUGACCAACCGGUCAAGAAAGUUCGAGCUGUGCGAGUUGGUGACGUGGACUACUUCGUCGCGGAUGAGGAGAUGGAGGACUGGUGGCAAGGCUUGGAGUUUGAUGCCCAGUACUAUGAUGAUGAUUGGAUGGACUUCACACCAGAGACGGAUCCAGAGGUGUUCUGGGAAGAUCAAGGAGAAGAGGAAGGACCUCCUGUCCUUUCUGCAGACCAGCUGGAGAAAGUGGAAGCAACAUCGAGGCUGGACGAGAAGUCCAGACUCAUUGACAUGGGUGUGUUGGAGAAGGUGGAGAUUGACCCUCCGGCGGACAAGACCUUGCAGUGCCGGUAUGUGUAUGACUGGCGGUUUAGGAAGCAGCACUGGUUGCGUCGCGCGCGGCUAGUGUGCAAGCAGCUGAAAGCAUGGAGUCCGUUCAGGCAGGAUACCUAUGCUCCUUCAACAUGUCCCUCGAUGCUGCGUCUUCUACCUCACAUGUUCGUGAGCACUCCAGGCUGGGUCUUGAGAUCGUUCGAUGUGUCGGAUGCUUUCUUGAUGGUGAAGCAGCGUGAAGAGUUGUACAUCAGGUUGGACAAUGAAGUUUACCGUGUCUGGAAGUGUUUGCCGGGCCAACAACUUGCUCCUGUGUAUUGGCAUGAUGAACUGAGUGGAGAUCUUCAGACUUGUGGCCUUACCGGCAACGUUGCAUGCCCAGUUGUGUAUGGUGGCAAAGAUCAAGCCGCUACGGUCCAUGUCGAUGAUGGCCUACUUGGAGGGUUCGAGGAUCAGGUUGACCAGACGGUUGGCGUGCUGAAAGAAAAGUAUAAGCUUGAGUGCAGUCCUCCGCUGAAGGAAGUUGGUGAUCAGUUGAGGUUUCUCAAACGUACGCUGGAGGUAGUGCCAGAAGGACUGCGGAUAGUGAUCGAUCCAAAGUAUGUGGAGAAAAUCCUCCAAGUCCUUGGGAUUUCCAAACCUCGCUCCCGCAAGGUACCUUCGACUACAGACUUGACGGCCCUCGAUGAGACGGAGAAGCUUGAUGCUAUGUGGACCGGGAGGUACAGAGCAGCUUUCGGAUGCUUGUUGUAUUUGGCUCCUGAUCGACCUGAUGCGCAGUACACGAUUGGUGUGUUGGCUAGGGGAAUGUCAUCGCCUACAGCAAAGCAGUUGUCGCAUGUGAUGUACCUAGCAGAGUACUUGUACUACACCCGGGACUAUAGCUUGGUUUUGCGGUGGAGCAGCCCAGGGCGAUCAUAUUUGGACGAAAGCCCACGUGUCAGGCCGAGGCUUGAUGAUGGCGGAGAACCUGGGCCGCCUGGUGGAACCUUGGAAGCCAAGCCGAGGUUGCUGGAGGCCGUAAGUGAUGCAGACUGGGCAGGAAGUGCUGAUAGGAGGUCGGUUACGUCGGGACACAUAUUCUUGGAUGGGAAUCUGAUGUUCUCGUACAGUCGACGGCAAUCUACGAUAGCAUUGUCUUCAUGCGAGUCGGAACUGAUGGCCUCUACCUCUGCAAUCGCGGAAGCACUUUUCCUGAAGAACCUUUUGACAAGUUUGACCAAGGACGCUGUGGACCUUGCUGCUCGGCUGGACAGCUCGAGUGCGCGCAGCCUCCUCACGAAGGCCGGUGUCUCUCGCAUACGACACCUUGAUGUAAGGCUGCUGUGGACGCAGAGUUUGGUCCGUGAGAAAGUUUUGUCAGUGCGUCCAGUGGGUACUCUUGUCAGCACCAGUGAUCUCGGCACCAAAGUUUUGACCUCAAACAGGGUGAAGUAUCUACUGUACCUGUUGGGCAUGUACAACACCGACGGCUUGAUAACUCCGGGAAAGUUUCCAAAACCAGCAGGGUCAGAUAAAUCGCAGGCAGCUGAAAUCCUUAGGGUUCUUACUGCGGCCAUAGCCUUGAGUCGAGCUACGGCAUCUGAUCCCGAGCCGAAGUGCAACGUUCCUGCUGAGCCCUACGGUGCGGUCGGCGGGAUCCUCAAGGUGCUGACUGAACCGCUCUUCUAUAUGUUCAUGCUUGCGGUCUCAGUCGUGGCGAUCGUUGUGUUUAUGGCACCAAAGCGACGAUGGAACAGGAUUCGAUGUGUGGACCCUGAUGCUGGUGGUGAUGGAGAAGGUGAGAAGGCAGUGCGAGAGCCCUCUCAAGAGCCGAACUACUUCGAUGACAGCUGGUUGUUUGCUGCAUCUGAUGACGACGAGGGCGGCGCUACGGAAGCCUAUGUGCAAAGUUUUGUGUAUGAGCCAGAACCAAGAGGGCAGACCCCAGAUCUACCUGGACCUUCUACGGGACCUCAUGAGCAUGUUCGGGAAGGUGAGCAUUCUGCCCGUGACCUACGUGAUGAUCAAUGA